GGAAAAGCCACGUAAAUCCAUGUGAGGUUGGAGAAUGUACCCAAAACUUUGAACCCCGUGUCCCUCCUCAGCGUUCACUUCUUCGCCCUGUGGAGGUUUGUGCGGCACGGAACCAAUGGAGCUGGAGGGGCAAUGGUGGAAGGGACAGCUGGCUGCAGACAUCUACCAGGCGCUGCGCCUUAAAGAGCGCAAACUGUCUACCUUCAAGGGCCAGUCCUCUCAGCUCCCGCUGAGGAGAUACUUUGCUGACCUCAUUGCCAUUACAAGCAACCACUUCAAGCUCUGCCCGGCAGCCAGACACCUUGCCGUCUACCUGCUGGACCUAUUCAUGGACCGCUAUGUUCUCAACAUCCACCAGCUUCACUUGAUCUCACUGUCGUGCCUUCUGCUGGCCAGCAAAUUUGAGGGCCGCGAGGACCAGGUGCCGAAGCUGGAGACCCUCAACAACCUGGGCUGCAUGACCUCCAUGAACCUGGUCCUGACCAAGCAGGGUUUACUCCACAUCGAGCUCCUCUUGCUGAGAAACGUCCAAUGGAAUUUGUACCUGCCCACUGCGGCUCACUUCAUCGACUACUACCUGUCCAUCGCGGUCCAGGAGGGGGAUCUUCACAACGGCUUACCCAUGUCCAGCCCGGAGAAGGCCCAGCUCUACAUGUCCAAGUAUGUCGACUACUUCCUGGAGGUUUCCUUGCAAGAUCAUGUGUUCCUGUAUUUCGCCCCGUCAUUGGUGGCAGCAGCGUGUGUGGGGUCAUCCCGCCUCAUUCUCAACUUGUCCCCCACGUGGCCUCCCCGACUGCAACGCCUCACCAGCUACACGUGGGAGAACCUGGUUCCAUGUGCCGAAAAACUGCUCAUAGCUCAUGAUGGUGACGUCCAAGAAUCCAACAAGCAGGAGGACCAGCAGCUCAGGCAGCAGCAGCAGCAGCCGGCGCAGCAGAACGUGUACUACAGUCUGGGCCAGACAGCCGCUGUGGGUCAGUACCUGCUGCGACCUCGGUAUUCCCGGCAGGUUUCCCGGCCGAUUUUCUACCUCCCUGCCCCGACGGUCCCUCACACCCGACCGUGCCAGAGCCACCACUUCAUCACCAGGACAGAAAUCUAGACGUCAUCUGGGUUUGCUCCGGCCUUGUCAUUGGAAGGUGUCUACAGUUGUUCAUGCAGGGUUGUGAUGUGAUCUGUUUCACGAGUGGAGCCAUUUUAAUUUGAAGACUUGAAGAGAUGAGCUUGCCAGAAGCAAGGCAUGCUUGUGUGCAAUAUUUUCUUUUUUUUUUUUUAAGGUUGAGUUAGAUUUGAUCUGAGUGUUGAAUGGCUCCAGGUUUUUGCCGCAGUCCUGCUUUUCUUUAGCUGCAGACGUGUUGGUCUUUAGAGAGGUCGUGUGCUGUAGCUGAUAAGUUUGAGAAGUCAAGUAAGUUUGGACCAUGAUUGUAAAAGUUUCCUUUUUUUUUUCCUUUUGUGGUUUGUGCAAUUCUGAAACUAUUUGUUGCCUCGCAUGGAAGUUUAUUUGCAGUGUUGUAAACAAAAGAUUGCAGUCGGUGCUAUGCAUCCCUAUUUUUAAAUUAAAGAAUCUGCUGUUGAACGACAGACUCGCUUUC